CGAGCGCGGCCGAAGUGCCGCAGGACACACAUCAGUUCGCGAUCAUGGCGGAUCCGUUGAGUUUGCUGCGGCAGUACAAUGUCAACAAGAAGGAGAUAAUCGAGCGUGAGAAUCAGAUUAUAUUCGGCGAGUUCUCCUGGCCGAAGAACGUUAAGACCAAUUAUCUGACUUACGGAUCCGGAAAAGAAGGCACGCCUAAGGAAUACUAUACCCUCGAGUGUCUUCUAUUCCUUCUCAAACAUGUUCAGCUCACACAUCCAGUAUAUGUACGACAAGCGGCCGCGGAAAACAUCCCGGUGGUGCGUCGACCUGACAGAAAAGACUUGCUGGCUUACCUCAAUGGCGAGACCGCCACGUCAGCCGCCAUAGAUAAAUCGGCACCGUUGGAGAUCCCGACGCAGGUGAAACGCGCCGCCGAGGAUGGCUUGGAGAGCGGUUCGUCGAAGAAACCGCGCUUUGAAGAGACCCACGUGCAGAAGGUCAAGGAACAACUGGCGGCACGUUUGGACGCUCCUAAGGAGGCCUCGGUUACUGUUGAUAACAUCAAAUCGCUGUCGGAAGCGAUGUCGGUGGAGAAGAUUGCCGCGAUUAAGGCGAAACGUUUGGCGAAGAAGCGCACCACCAUCAAAGAGAACGACGACAUCGGCAUGGGUUCGGAUCUACGCGUAAUCCUCGACAUGGACGUGGACGACACCAAGGACAUCGUGUCGCGCGAACGUCAGUGGCGGACACGCGCGACGAUCCUGCAGAGCAGCGGCAAGAUCUUCGCGAAGAACAUUUUCGCGAUCCUGCAGAGCAUCAAGGCGCGCGAGGAGGGUCGACAGAAGGGCCCGACUGUGCCCACGCCGAUGGUGACGCCACGUUCGACCCCCAUGCGACCCUUGCCUCAGCCGGCCGUAUACAAUCGUUACGAUCAGGAACGUUUUAUCCGGCAGAAGGAGGAAACAGAAGGCUUCAAGAUCGACACCAUGGGCACGUAUCACGGCAUGACGCUGAAAUCGGUGACUGAGGGUACGAAUCCCGCCGUGAGAAAACCAUCGACCAAUCCGUCCAGCACGCCGACUUCCGGUUUGCUGCCGACCUCCGCUGCUAAAUUAACGCCUCAGCAAGCAGCGCAGAACAAACGACCCAGCCGAACGCCCAUCAUCAUCAUUCCCAGCGCCAAUACAUCCCUCAUCACUAUGUACAACUCCAAGGACAUUCUUCAGGAUUUGAAGUAUAUUAGUAAUGAGGACAAACGGGCGCAGGGUUGCAAGCGCGAGAAUGAGGUGCUUCUUCAACGUCGGAAAGAAGGCGGCCUAACCGUGCCAUAUCGGGUAGUUGAUAAUCCGCAGAAGCUCACCAAUGCCGACUGGGAAAGAGUCGUCGCCGUAUUCGUUAUGGGACCGGCGUGGCAAUUCAAGGGUUGGCCGUUUGAUGGCAAUCCGGUGGAAAUUUUUUCAAAAAUAUGUGCAUUUCACUUGAAAUAUGACGAGAUGAGGCUGGACGCGAAUGUAGCACGUUGGGCAGUCACGGUGAUCGAAUUGAGCCGGACAAAGAGGCACUUGGACAGAGCGGCAUUAAUGAUAUUCUGGGAACAUCUCGAUAAGCAUAUGAUCAAGAACAAGCCGCAUCUUCGUUUCUGAAUCCUAAUACGAUUCAGACUCGUAUGUGUGUUCUCAAUAUUUUUUAGAUAUUUUCAUAAAGAGUUGUACAUAUGGUUCGAAAAAAGUGUAACAUAUAUAUGUAUAUCUACAGUAUAUAUGAAUGCGUAUCAUAAUGUAAAGUCGAAUCGAGUUUAAUCGACGCAUCAAGGUAACGUAAUUACGAAUAACUACGUUGUGUGACAUUUGAACUUGAUCACAGCCAUUUGACGAAAAAAAAAAUCAUUCAUUUUUUAAGCGUAAAUAUUUUUAAGAUUGUAAUCUAGUAGUGAAUCUCGGAUUUUCGUUUAUAAUCGGCUUACUUGCCGAGAUUUAUCAUCCUGAUUCCAGCACACAUUCUGCCGCAGCGUAUAGAUUUUUCAGAGCAUAUACCGAUUGUAAUUAGCGCGAACUGAUGUGCCUGUUAUUAAUAAAACAUCGAGCUAAGCAUA